GUGUCUGUAUAUGUGUGUGUCUGAGUGCGUAUCUGUUUGUGUUAAUGAGAAACGGGAGGGUAGAAACUCCUGGCUGCUUGAUUGCUCAGAUAGUCCUCAACAUCAGAGCUGGAAGGAGUCAUCUGGUGUCUGCAGACUUCACAUAGAAAACUCUCCAGAAGACAACAAGGCCUCAGGGGGUACCUGACCUCUUCAUCUCCAGUACACUUGUCAUCACAAAAAGACCAUGAGCUCUCACGAGCACAACCACUCAUUAGACUACUUAAAUGGCACACCAUGGUUUGUCUACGAGUGCACCAUCCAGCUUGACACGGACUAUCGGCGCAUCGCCCUCUUCUUGAUCUACCUUUUCAUCUUCAUGGUGGGCCUGCUGGAGAACACGCUGGUCGUCUGGGUCAACUGGCGUCGACGCCACUCGGCCAACGGGGUUCUCUUCUGCAUCCUCAACGUGAGCCUGUCGGACCUGAUGGUGAUUGUGAUCCUGCCUUUCUUCAUGAUGGAGGUGACCAUGGACAAGGUUUGGCUGUGGGGCCGUUUCCUCUGUAAGGUCACCAACCUAAUCUAUGUGGUCAACUUCUACAGCAGCUCCUUCUUCCUGGCCUUCAUGACUCUGGAGCGCUACCUGUCCCUGACCAGACCCUCGUUUCCAGCCUUCUUCUCUGUGGUGGGCCGGCGCCGCUGGGUGCUCUGUGGAGGCCUGUGGGCACUUUCCUUUUUCCUGGCUCUGAUGGAGAACGUCCACGUAGAUCUUCUAGAGUGGGACGAGCCGGGCUGUUACAUGCUGCCCGAGCACAACUUCACUGAAUGGUUUGUCUCCGUGACUUUCCUUUGCCUGAUCUUCCAGUUCCUGGGUCCUGCUGCUGUCAUCAUCACCUGUAAUGUGCUGAUCGCUCGUGCAGUUAAAACAGCACAAGAUGUGCAGGGUCGGCGGGACGUUUGGCUGGUGCAUGUGUACUCCCUGGUGUUUGUCAUGUGCUGGCUGCCAUACCACCUGGUCAUGUUCCUGAUGAUCAUAGAUGACCUUGAUCCCUACAUCUUCAGCUGCAAUACAGUGGAAGUCCUCUACUUCUCAUUCAGCUUGGUGCAGAGCCUGUCUCUUUUCCACUGCAUCGCCAACCCCAUCCUCUACAACUUCCUCAGCAAGAGCUUCCGCAACAACCUGAUCAACACUGUGUUGAACUACAUACCCAGAGAAGGAACUGUGGACCAGGUGGGAGCGGGGACCCAGCCCAAUGCUCCCAACGAUGGCGGGGGAGACCCAGGGAAGCAACGCAAGUUAAGUAACGCCAGCACCAGCCAGUCUGAUGUCGGAUCAUAAAAAAAAGAUACUGAUAUAUAAGAAGAGUAAGCUUUAGGAGCGAGACGUUAUCUAAGUGAAGAAGGAUUUGACAGAACUGAAUCUUGGUGGGUCAGAAUACCAGAGGCAUAGAUUGUAUCAUCUCACUGUGGUCAAAGACUCAUUGUGUUGUUUGUUACAUAACAGAUGGGCUCACCAACACCUUCCUCCCAUAAUACUCUUCCUGUUUAUAAAAAUAUCAUGUAUCAGAUCACAGUUUUAAACAGAGGAAGGCAGGAAAUGUUUGAUGUGCUUUUCCCCCUCGAAGCUCCCAUUGGAACACACGUCAACCUCUGAAAUCUCGUGGCACAGGGGAAAGAUAGUGCCACACCAGGAAUGCGUGUGUAAACAAAUCUGUCCAGUGCCAGAUAAGAGCAAUCCUCAUAACCACAUAAACAGCUUGCAAAUUUGAAAAUGUAACAUGUGUUUUAUUUCAUUACAAAUCUAACAGAUAAAUCACAGCUCACAUUAUUAAAGCCUUAUUUAUCUGUUGCUGGAUGCUGCUGUAGUGUACAUGUCCUGUAACAUGGUCAUCUGUUAAAAUGCAAUAAAACUCCAUCAAACACUGUA